UCGGUCGCGCGGACACCCAUCGGCUCAUUCCGGGGCUCUCUGUCCGCAGUGACUGCUCCACAGUUGGGUUCGGUGGCCAUCAGGGCUGCCGUCGAGAGGGCCGGCAUUGCACCCGAAAACGUGGAUGAAGUGAUCUUUGGUCACGUAUUGCCCGCAGGCGUUGGUCACAUGACGGCAGCCCAGGCGGCCAAAGGGGCCGGACUGCCAGUUGAGGUGGUGUGCAGUACAGUGAACAAGGGGUGCGCGUCCGGCAUGAAGGCUAUUAUGUCGGCCGUGCAGUCCAUAAGACUGGACGACAGGAAUGUGGUGGUGGCCGGGGGUAUGGAAUCCAUGUCUAACACUCAAUAUCUACUGCCGCGCGGAGAGUUGCCAUACGGGGGCGUGACUUUGGCCGAUGGCGUCCUCGACGACGGCCUCACCGACCCCUUCAGCGGCAAACACUUGGGCUAUUUGGCCGAUAAAGAGGCCGUCAAACACGACAUAACCCGCGCCGCUCAGGACGAAUACGCGGCCAACAGUUACCGACGCAGCGCUCGGGCGGCCGCCGACGGCCUAUUGGCCAAAGAGAUAGUGCCGGUGACUGUCGCCGGAAAACGUGGUAAACCAGGCGUUACGGUCACCGACGACGAGGAAUAUAAGAAAAUAAAUAUCGAUCGCAUGCCAUCGUUGGCG